AUGGAUAACAAUAAUCAUCAAGAUACGCGAGAAAAGAGCAAGGAAAGUGAUAAUGGCACGUUAUACGCUGUUCAAAAAAACCUCUCAGAGUUCGACGCUAAAGAAAAUGACAUAUUAAUUCGUCGCACAGUUAAGGAGAGAGAACUGAGCGCUAUGCAAACUGAAUGUGACAGUGACAGGGUGCAAAGCUCAUUCUCACAAGUGUCAGUCGUGCGAGGAAACUUUGAGUUCACACGUCGACGUCGUGCGAAAGAAAGUGAAGACAGCACAUUCAAAAGUGAGCCUAAUGGACACAAUACUUGGAAAACCAGUAAAUCACGCAAUCUGUUGCGCAAGAGCAAACACUAUGUAAGAUAUGAAAUACCGGAAGCGUCUGCCGAUGACGCCAUUUUAAAGAAAGUAAAAAAACGUAAAACUAUUGAAAAACGAAACGCCGAAUCACAUACAAAUUCACGCAAGAAACAUAAGAGUGGAUCGACUCACGUACGUAAGGCAACCAAGUUCAAGUGCAAAAAUCGCACACAACGAAAAAACACGCAUACACGCGUGCAAGCUACGCGAAGACUCCUGACAAUAGAAGGCAAAGAGCAAAUGCUUAAUGAAUGUAACAGCAGCGGGGAAAGAAUUCGACCAAUGGAAAGUUCAUCAAGUAUACGCAUAGUCAAGGACAGUUAUGACAUACUUGAAGACCUCUCGUACUCCAGGUCAUCAAUAGAUCCGCUUAGUUCGGAUGACGUCACCGUGAGAAAUCACAUCACGCCAGAGCUGCUUAGUGAGAACGAGGAGGCACAGAAGCAGCAAAACACAAAAGACGAGGGAAAUAUGAAAAACGGCGAAAAGGUCGCAAGUAAAAUAAAGAAAUAUGAAGUAAACGAAGAGGUAUUAGAUAAGCUUGCACACUAUGAACGGGGAAGAACGUGUAGUGGUAUCAAGACUGAGAAAAGAGAAAGAGGAGGCGGAACGUCUACUGAAAGAAAUGCAAGAACCGAGAGUCACGAAAGAGCAGAGAGGGAAGCAAAAUGGCGGGAGGAGUCGGCCAUAAAACAGAAAGAAGCCGAAGAAAAACAAAUCGAAGCAGAGCGACAUCAAAGGGACGAGGAACGCAAAAAUGAAGAACUGAUGAAGGAGCAGCUGAGACGAGACGACGAGCUUAAAAGAAAAGAACAGGAAAAGAAAGCGAACAGUUUUUUUGAAGAUGAAGAAUCGCGAAAGAAAAAAGACGCCUUGCUUGCGAGGUUAAAGGCAGUGGACGACUCUAAACAUUCCAACAGCGAUCCUCUUUACUUUGGCACUAGCAGCUUGUUGAAUAAUACUGAGUUCACACCUAGCACGCCAAAGAACUUCAAGGAAAGACAGGCCGACAGGAACUUACACAGUGGUUUACCAGCUGUGCCCAAGGGAAAGGUCUUUACUUUAUCAGAAUCCGCAAAAAGCGACCAGGAUGGAAUUCUUGGACUUCCACGACAUAAACCCGACGCCCAGGUUCGUGGUGAGAUCUCAACGAAGGAUGACCGGUUGAGCUGGUUGAAGGACGGUAAAAAACAAGCUUCGGCGAUUAAGAACAAAAGUAUAGAAGGUAGUUUUACUUUUGGGGAAUACUCCCCAACCAUGAGUAACAGUGUAAAAAACGCGUCAGAUGUGUUUGAUACGGGUUUAUCGCGAAGAGCGGGGUACGGACGUCGUCGUGAAGGUGUAGCAGGGGGAUACUUCGGAUAUCAGGGGGACAGCGAGAAAACAAAAUCCCCCGACAACUCACUCGGAUUCUUGUCGGAUAAAUUUGUGACCAAACAAAAUGCGGAGCAAGCAAGUCUUGGCACUAUAUCUUUACUACCCAGAAGACGCGCCACACAAGAGAGAACUGGGCCGACUGCUAUUUCCAAUGCAAUUCACGAUACUAUUGAUGAUAUCGAAGAGCUUGCAUUAUAGCAGAAACCUUAUCAAUGCUCUUAAUGAUAUUGAAGACGUAUGACUAAUUGGUCCUCGAUGCCAAGUAAACAUGUCAAUGAACGUUGUAGAUAA